CCCCCACAACACACCGACACCCCAUCCCGCACAUCACUCUACUAUCACAAUGGCGACUGAGCGCGAGAGCAAGACUUUCCUCGCCCGGCUUUGCGAACAGGCUGAGCGCUACGAUGAGAUGGUCACGUACAUGAAGGAAGUUGCCAAGAUUGGCGGUGAAUUGACCGUUGACGAGCGCAACCUUCUCUCCGUCGCCUACAAGAACGUUGUCGGUACACGACGCGCUUCGUGGCGCAUCAUCUCCUCGAUCGAGCAGAAGGAGGAGUCCAAGGGCUCUGAGAAGCACGUGGGCACCAUCCGCGACUACCGACAGAAGAUCGAGACCGAGCUCGAGAAGGUCUGCCAGGAUGUCCUCAACGUCCUCGAUGACUCCCUUAUCCCCAAGGCCGAGUCUGGCGAGUCCAAGGUCUUCUACCACAAGAUGAAGGGUGAUUAUCACCGUUAUCUUGCCGAGUUUGCUUCUGGUGAGAAGCGCAAGGUCGCUGCGACGGCCGCACACGAGGCCUACAAGACGGCUACCGACGUUGCCCAGACUGAGCUCACACCUACUCACCCCAUCCGCCUGGGUCUGGCGUUGAACUUCUCGGUCUUCUACUACGAGAUCUUGAACUCCCCCGACCGUGCCUGCCACCUUGCCAAGCAGGCCUUUGACGACGCCAUCGCUGAGCUCGAUUCUCUCUCUGAGGAGUCCUACCGCGACAGCACCCUCAUCAUGCAGCUUCUCCGUGACAACCUUACCCUCUGGACAUCAUCGGACGGCAACGAGGCUGAGCCCUCCACCACUGAUGCCCCCAAGGAGGAGGCCAAGGCCACUGAGGACGUACCAGCUGCAUCUGAGCCAAAGACCGAGGAGCAGCCACCGGCUGCUGCCCCUGCCCCCGCCCCGGCCGCUUAAGCACACCCCGCCUCUCUCUCGACCUUGUGUAUCCUCAGCCACCGUCAUCUGUUCUCGAACAGACGGCCGAGGCCGGCAGCGAGCGUCCCACGGAGUUGUGUGUGUUCUGUGAUUUCAAAAAUUGGCUUUGGCAGCAAGCGGGUCGGACGGUCGAAUUCCCCAUGACUGAUGUAUUUUCCCUUUCCUCUCUCCACCACUCGCGCUAUCCCCAUCGAGCACGCAGUGUGUUGCAGGUGCGUACCAUAUGCGACCCUGCAUAUCUCACUGAUCUUCCUUCUCACGAAGGAUUUCGGGCUGCUUUCGGCAAAGAUGGAGGAUUGGUGCAUGGUUCCUCGUACGCGAUCCUCAAUUCCCCCUGUUUUCGUUUUGGUAGUACAUGAACACCGCAACCCUACGGUGGACUGGGAUGUUUGAGCUCCUCU